UAACAUAAAGACACUAAAUGAAUGAUUGGGUAGACACUUUGUUCUCAUUCGAGAUUCUUAAUCAGCGCUCACUCGUGACCACACAGAAAAUCUAACUGCCAACAGUGAAGUAUCACCAUCUCGUUGGGAUAAACAAUUGAGAUCCUAAGGUCAGCAUUUCCAACUUCAACUAGAUUUCGAUGUUUCGUAAUCACCAUCUGAUGUUAUCCAUAUUCCGUUGUCCAUCUCAGAGAUGUCUUGUUCGCUAUGAACUCUGAGCAUCCCAUAUUCUAGUGAGUAUAGAAACGUGAGUGUAUGCUAGUGGCAUUUCCCUAAGUGGAACGAAACCACUGUUUAUUACUUGUUGGUUAACAAUAAAAUCAGUUUGUAGUGAGACGUGGUAUUCAGGUUACACGAAAAUUUCCACAAACCCAUAUCAGUAAUCAGUUUUGUUAUUGUUCCGAACAAAGUGUUCUAUUCAUAGUAGAUGGAAUAUGUAUUAAUAAGACACAUGAUACCAGUUUAUCAUAAUCACCUGUCACAUUUUCUAACUAACGUUUCUUACGCGAUUAUGUAGUCGUCUGUAUUAACUGUUUAUUCCCCACUAACGAACGUUUGCAUUUCAAACACAUGGAUAAUGAUUUAGAUUGCUUCAGAUGUGUACAUAACAACUAUCUGUAAAGUGAUUCUCAACUCAAUGCCUUGAUUAUCGGGAAACUCCUGGUAAUCUAAGAUCAAGAAUGUACACAGUAAACGCUAAUUCUAAUACACUAGUUAUAAAUCUAAUCGCUUUAUGAUAUAAUUUUAUACUUCAGAAUACUUUUACUUUGUCAACAAACAACAUUAUAUUUUUCUUACACUCUAAAUCAAAAUUAGGAGAGCAUUUCUUGCUUGCUUCAUAAUCCGAGUUAAAAAUAUUUUUCUCGUUAUUUUAUUGUUACAGAGAAUCCCUUCGCUCGAUAUCAUAUGUAAUAAUUAUUCUGAAUUUGAGUGGAUUAGUUGGAAUUUAAAUUUUGACUUUCUGAAAUUCAUGCAUGAAAUCGCUAUCCAAUAAAUUUUUCAUAAUAAAGACGUUUGAUCGAACGUUUAAAAUAAACCUCCUGGAGUAAACUAAAAGAUGCAAUCUCAAAAGCAAGUUGGAACUAUACUUGAUCAGCCUGGAAAAUCAGUCCCACCUCGUAAUCUCACUUUAGUACCUCCACCUCAUCGACAAUGGACUAGUGGUAUUUGUUAUUGUUGUAAAAAUAGGGAUUGGGGUUGUUUCGCGGUAUGUUGUUACUUCUGUCUAUUAAAUCAACUGACAAAGGCAAUGAAUGAAAAAACUUGUUAUCCAUGUUUACCAUGGUGUGGAUUAGUAGGAUUGAGAAUGAAAAUGCGAACAACUUAUGGAAUAGAGGUAUGCUGAUUGAUUGCAAUCAUCCAUAUCUGUUCUGAUCAUUAAUCUCACAACUUCAUGCAACUAACGUAUAAACUUAUUCAUGUUAACAUUGCGUCUUAGUCAUUUCAACAUUAAUAAUUUUAUUUUGCUUAACAAUCCUCAAUUCACAUAAUGAAACCUUAAACGAUAUCCUUUGCCAUAAACCUGGUCACUUUUUGGAUAAUUAAUUUAGAUAUAUAUAUAUGUAGAAUCUGAAGCGAAUUGAUUGAAACGAAUAUUCUUUGUUCAUAUAUGAGUGCAAUGAAAGCGUUUUCCAUCUAAUUAUUAUUCGUUUAUUUUUUAAUAAAAUAAUCUUUUCUGUAAUCGUGGAUAGUACCACCUAAAAUCGAGAUGGUCAAUUAUCUUUAUCAUACUUAAAUAAUUUGUAGUCUCAGAUACAAAUAUAUAUUUUGGUAAAUAAAAUAUAAGUUUUAAGCAAAGAUGGAUGGUGGCUAG